GAGAGAUUGUUCCACCACUCGCCACACCACAAUCCUCUCUGCCAGGUUGUUGUCGUCUUGUUCUAUGCUCUAUCUAUCCCUUUGCAGCGUCGUCGAAUAUCGCCAGCACAAGAGAGAGGAACCAGGGGUUUUGAGCCAUUCUGUGCUUGCUUUGGCAUGUUGUGUAGCCAUACGUUGUGAACCUUUGGGGAAAGUUAUCGUGGUUGAAGGAGUUUGAAGAGGGUUCUGGAAGUUUCUCGAAGGUGUCGGGUCUGACUAUGUGUCCCUGUUUAUAGCUAUCCUUGUUAAUUGACGAGAGUGCGAGUUUUGGUUGGAGAUAUGUUUGUUUUUGGAAGUCGAAGAGUGAGAGGAGGAGUCGGCGGUUGAAUGUUUGGUAGGAGUUUGUCGUAGCUAAAGUGGAUAUAGGCGUGCAAGUUGCGUGCUUGUUUCGGUUGUCGCUGCUUGCAUUCUUUGUUGGCCUUGGUUUAGAGGAAAUUUGAGCCGAUGCGUGUUUCGCCUACUGGCCGCGAUUGUUGCUUGAAUUAGAAUCAAUCUCCUGGUUCCGAGUUUGUUAUUGGAUUUCUGUGCCAUUGAGUACACGAAUACAGUUUAGGCCACUUUUGUUUUUUUAAGAGCUUACCGGGUGGCUACGUCCUUAUUCUGGCAGCGAUAGCAGUCCUCUUUCGAUUAGUGCUACUUAAGGUUGGUUGGUUUGUUGGCGAAAUUCUUCCCGCUCUAAAUAGCUUCGUGAGCAAUAUUAGAUUUGCAAUCGAUCUUGGUGUAGCUUGCGGGAAGCGUGUGGUUUCUGGAUACAGCCAUUGCCGAACAAGUCGAUCUUCUUUGCUUGAGAUUGAGACAUGGAACCUUGUUGCCAGCGCUGGUGAUGUCGCAUGUGUGCAUCAGAACAUUGACUGAGGUGUGCAUUUGGAUAGGUUGAUCAAUUCUGGGGGUUCGCUAGACUGAACCUGAGUAAGAUUCUUAAGUGUCGAAGGAAAAUUAGUUUUACUUUCGUUGUAUCGCAAGUCUGGUGUGGAAGUGUCUUCAAAUUCGGGCCGGAGUUUCCCAACAGUAGGCGGAGGAUAACAGGUGGCAUCCAUGGUUGGUCCAGUCUCGCCGAGGGUUACUAGUAAUGAGGUUUUACAUCAAGACGAUCACCAUGGCGAGGAGCGCCGAUUGCAAGCCCAUUCUGGAGGAACAAAUCUACACAGCUCGCAUUCGAGACAACAACACCCUAAGCAGUAUUCUGUAGUCGAGUCCGAAAAUCGAAUCGGACAUAAAAAUACGAAGAAAACAAAUCAAAGAAUGUCAGGAGUGUCAGACAUGAAUGGAAGAAUGAAUCCGCCGUCUGCGGCCUCUUCCUCUGGUCGUUCCUAUGCCCCAUCUAACCUCGAUCGUUUCCUCGAGGUUACGACUCCCCGAGUGAGGACUCAGUAUCUUCCAAAGUCUUGCUUGCUGUAUUCCUCUCAAAAGAGGUGUGCCAACCCUGAGGAGACACUUUAUUUCAACCUGGGAGAUCUGUGGGACUCUUUCGAUGAAUGGAGCGCAUAUGGGGCUGGUGUGCCUUUGGUGUUGAAUGGUGACGAGAGCGUUGUCCAGUAUUAUGUGCCUUACCUGUCUGCUCUUCAGCUAUACACGCGGCCGGACUGGCCUGACAGAUUCAGGAAUGGAGGCGCUGAAUCUGAUGUGAGCAGUGAAGCAAGUUCAGAUAGCGAAGUAGAUGGAUCACGGCCAAUUCGGCGUAGUCCUUCAGUAAACAGUUCCAGGUUGGAAUGUGCGUCUUUUAGAGACGAUAACAAUGAAGAAGUUGAGGUCUGGUCUUAUUUUGAGACCAUUUCGCCUUAUAGCCGGGUUCCUCUUAUUGACAAGAUUGCGGAUCUGUCACGAGGUUUCGAGCCUGGGCAGGACCCUUUACGUUCACUGCGUAGCUUGGACCUUUUACCGAACAGUUGGUUUUCGGUGGCUUGGUAUCCCAUCUACCGGAUACCGACUGGACCUACUCUACGGGAUUUAGAUGCUUGCUUCCUCACAUUUCAUCCCCUGUCUAAACCUCUUAAAGCUGAAGCCACUUUCAUGAGCCCAUCUUGUUGCAGGGAUGUAUGUGUAACUCAAACAGUGCCCCCCUUAGAACCUCAACCGCUUCGUGCGUUUGGACUCGCCUCGUACAAGCUUAGAGGUGCCGUUUGGGCUUCUAAUCCGGAGAGGCGACAAGUUGUGACGCUACAGAAGUCUGCUGACGAUCAUCUCAAGCAUUUGCGCGUUCAACAUUUGCAUUCGGACUUCAAUUAUUUCACCUCUCGCAGCACUCCAACCCGUCGUUGAGUCGUAACAGUGGGCUGUAACAUUAAUAUGUAUCUAUCUCCCUUUCCACCAUGGUCAGAUAAUGACUGCGAGACUAGAGUAUUCAUAUCAAAUUGACUGAUUACAAUCUUUCGAACUUUUGCUGAAGUUACAAAGCCAGCUUGUGUAAGUUAAAAGUUGCACUCUGCGCUUGUUUUUUUUGAAUAGUCCACUAUAGCUAUAGUUUCAGUUUUUUCGCUUAUCUGAAACCAAAAAAGUAAAAAACAGAAAAUGAGAAAAUUUUGAUUUUGAGUGAUUGCACUUCAUUCGAGCUUUUUAGAGUAGGUUAGAGGCAAAGUUUUUUGUAGCCUCUUGCAGGCUUUUGCUGUAGACAGAGUUUAGGGACAUCAAUAUCCAUCUCAUCUGGACGCCAUUGAUGAUGCGCAAUUUUAUGUUUAGUGUUAGUUGAAGUGCUAAUCUGUAGCCGGGGAAGAGAAAAUACUUGUACAAGUUUCUUCUCAUAUCCCCACCCUGUAGCACCAUUUGGGACUUUCUUUAUGUAGUUAGUAGACGGUAUUUGAACUUUUUUUUCUUCCUUUUUGUUCCUUUCCGAAUCCAAGUCCUGCAGACGCUUGGAAAUUUUCAAUAUUUCGUUUGCUGUAAAUGUUUUGAAAAUAUAAAUAUGUUAAAUACACAUAUGGGUUGGUAUUCCUGAAUCA